AUUAUUAUUAUUUUUUUUUUUUUGAGAUUUAGUGUACUGUAUGCAUUACUAUCUGCUGUAAGAUUCAUGUUGGUUGCAUGGCCCUCUCGGUCCAAGAUUGUGCAAUUGAUGCUGUCAAAACCCAACCUAAAGGCUAUUCAGUGACUAACAGUAUCCCUAACCAAGGCAUGCUAUAGUUGUUCCUCUUAGUUUAGAUUGCUCAUUUGGUUGAUAGCAAGCAUUAUGCCCAUUAUGCACCAGCAGGAGAUCAGCUUAUCUGCUUUAUUUAGAAAAAGGAAAAAAGAGGGAAAUUUAUGGGAAAUUAUAGGAUCAUGUUCACUUUGGUAUUGGACCAUAAUCUCUCAUGCAGCUUAUUCAUGAGCAACCACCUCCACCCCCUCCCCAAAAGGAAGUAUGGGGGGAAAAAGAGAUAGGAAGCUCUCAUCCAUACAGUUAUCCUCUUUCUUUUGAUACUGUGUAUAUUGAAGUCAUGGAAAAUCUAACUCUGAUGAUAGCAUUAUAUGCCUCCGUAUCUGCAUGAAGGAAGAAGGAAAGACGGAAGAACUAACAAUAGAGAGUUGAGGGGAUAUAUCAUGGGGCUUAUUUGAAUGCAUUCAACAACUUUCUACAUUCAAAUGUGUAUUUUAUGAUAAAGUUGAUUUACUGUAUUUGUUUCCGUACAUUUGGAAACAUUUGGAGAACACAAAAUUGUGUGUGAUUAAACAGAUGGCAAAAGGUUCAGAUGUUCUGGCAGUGAAGUAUGGAGGUUGAAUUACUGGUGCUGUCCUGGCGCUAUUAUUAUUUAUGAGCUGCCAGAUUGCCUUCAGCUUCUUCUAAUGUUCACGGAAGUAACUUCCUUGGAGAAGGUUGCUAUAACAAAUGUGAGAAAAGGAGAAUGAACAGGGCUCAUAUUUGAAGCCUGAUUUAUUGGAAAACCUUGAGGUUAGAAUGCCAUGCCAUAUGGGCAUAUAGUUGUCUAAAUUUUCCCAAAGGUACUCUUUACUGACUAAGAAACUUCAUAUGGUUACCAGAAAAUUUAAAGCUGAUUGAAACAUGGUCCUAGAUUUGGCAAGGCUUCCUAAAAUUUUCAUUGCUGAUGCGAAGGUGUGACUAUUCUGGUUGGCGAUCUGGCAAUCAAGCCCAGCACACUCGGCAGAGUUCUGAGCAUGAUGGGCUUCUUGGAAGUGGUUCAUUUCCAAGGCCGUCAGCAUAUGCAUCUGGAAUAUCUGCACCUAAGGUCCGAGCAAGCAAUAACUAUCAAUCUAACAAGAGCAAUGAGCCAUAUCAUCCUCCUCGCCCUUAUAAGGCGGGACCUCACUCUCGAAGAGACACUGAUGCUUUCAAUGACGAGACUUUUGGUUCAGUUGAGUGUACGAGUGAGGAUAGAGUGGAAGAGGAAAGAAGGAGAAGAGCUUCCUUUGAGUUAAUUAGGAAAGAACAGCAGAAAGCUCUUCAAGAAAAGCAGAAGUCAAAACUGGAGAAGCAUAAAACCGAGGACAUUUCAGUACUGCUGGAAGAGAAUAAGGAGGAUAGAGCGUUUUUGGACAAAAAUAGUGAAGCAGAUGGGAUGACCACCCAACCUUUCGCAAACAGUGAUCUGGGAAAAUCUUCUUUUCCUUCACAGAAUCCACCAGCUAGACCACGUGUACCCCCUGGCUUUAAAACCACUGUUUUGGAUAAGAACUCUGGCUCAAAUUUGAGCCAUUCACGUGUGACAGAGGUUGGACAACCUGACACUGAAGAAAGCCCAUUGGAAGCCAAAGCCUAUGCUGCCCCGAAUGGUGUUCUUCAGAGUGUAGAGAGACAGAGCUUGCAGGAAAUUAGUUCAAGUUAUAAACAUGCAUCAACUCUGAAGAAGAAUGACCAAAUUGCUAAUCUUUCAGCAAAAUCAGAUAUUUCUGAUGGGAUACUUGGCAUGGAAGAUCGUUUAAAUCGGAUUACCAGUCAUUUAGAGUUCCACGAAGCCUUGGAUGAGCCUGAAAUUAUUGAAAACAGUACUCAGCCUUCGGGUAGCAAGUUUGUUGAGUCUAGCCCCAACCCUUCAACGUCAAUCUUGGAUAAGAUAUUUGGAGGUGUUGUAGCAAUUAAUGUUGGUGACUCUGAGGCUCCAAUUGUGAAUGACAAUAUUAAACUGAAUGACAUGUUGGGCUCCAAGGCUAUAGAAUCUUCGAAGUUCGCUCAGUGGUUUAUGGAAGAAGAUAGGAAGGCUCCGGAAGAUUCCUCGUUAAGUAGGCCAAACAAUUUGCUUGCCUUAAUUGUUGGCGGCGAUAAAACCAGAUCACAAGCUUUUGAUGGAAAUGUUUCAGAAUGCUUUCCAUCUGAAAAUUUCAAUCAGAGUACUGAGCCUACAAGUAAGGUCACAUUGCAUAUGCCUUCUGCACCACUUGGGGUAUCUGAGCCUAUGUAUGAGUCUAGUAAAAGGGAGGCAGCCCCGUCGAUCUUUACUUGUGAGGACCUUGAGCAUAAAAUGCUGUCAGAGUUUGGUGAAAAGAGGUCUAAUCUGCAUCCUACUUCACAAGGUUGCGGUACUAAUUGCUUAGACACUGAAGAACAACCCGUAAUUGUGGACAGCCAUGCAUCUCAACACCUCCUUUCAUUAUUACAGAAGGGGCCAGAUCAUACAAAUAUGACAGGGAAGGGCAGUACUGGCACUGAAGCCAGGAAUGGACAUGUUGAGUUUACCGUGCAUGACCGGUCUAAGGAGGAAGAUACCAGGGAUUCUCAAGCUUCAGGAAAGGCAGUUACACUUGAAACCCUUUUUGGAACUGCUUUUAUGAAGGAGCUGCAAUCUGUACAAGCUCCAGUUUCAGUUCAGAGGAGCUCAGUUGGUUCUGCACUAAUUGAUGGUUUGGAGACACGCAAGUCAUCCUUGUCUGGUUUUGAUGACGGCCUUUUUUCUUCCAUAAGUGAUGGUAUUGGACCAAAAGGAGGCGGUAAGGAUAACAGGCUCUUGCAGUUGAAUCACAGAGGUCAAACCAAGCUGGAUGAGCCUCAAACCUGGUCGGGAUAUGAAAAUUCUCAGUAUGUAGUUAAAUCAAGGCACCCGAGUGAAAUGUUUUCCAAGAGUGAGGCUGUUGAAUAUCACCUGCCUGCAGAAAACUUAAUUAGUGCUCGUGAUCAUUUGAGUCCCCAGGUCUCAAUGGUUAUGCCUGCAGGAAUUUUGAGUAAAGGAGACUUGGCAACUGGUAGUGGCGCUGGCGGUGAUGGAAGGUCUUUGAUGAAUGAAGGUCUGCCCUUCUCACGUGUUUCCUACGAUCAGAUGGAGUCUGAAAUGCCAUUGCAUCAUAUUCGUGCUCAACCAUCAACUUCGCAAUUUCAUCCCUUGCAGAUGAGUCAAGGGAAGCCAUUAUUUCAUCCUAUGGAUUCUGGUCCUGCUCAUUUAAAUCCUCAGAUUUUCAAUGGUCCAGAAAGCAUGGCUCUGCAUGAAGCUCCUGGUCGUCAGUUUGCUGGAAAUAUGAUGCGACCUCCAUUUCACCACCCUAAUGGUGGACUGACAGGGUUUGGUCUCCCUGUUCACCAUCCUAUGCUGCAGCAGAUGCAAAUGGCUGGAAAUAGCCCUCCUCGUCUGCUACAUGACCGUCUAAGGGGUGCACAGGUUCCUUCACAUCUCAGUAAUCAAGGAGCUAGCAUUAUGCAGGAAGUUAACAGAAUUCAAGCAUUCCCUUUUGCGCCACACCAAGUCAACAUUAGUGGCCAAACUGUGCAAAUGCCAGCUCCAGAUAUCAACACCAGAAACAUUCACCCCGAGGCCAUGCAAAGGCUUGUUGAGAGGCAACUUGGGGCUUCUAAGCAGAUCCACCCUUUUGCCGCUGGCAAUGUCCAGGGGAUGCACGGCCACGAGCUUGACAUGGGUUUGCGAUAUAGAUAGUUGAUCAUGGAAACUCCUGUUCAUUGCAGCGUUCUGCAACUGGGUACAGUGGUGUUUUUUUUGUUUUUAAUUGGUGAUAACUGAGAAUCCACUGUUUACAGCUUCGAAACUCGUUGGAUAAUGGGUCGGCUCCCCUACCCCUUCUCCACUUAAAUUCCAUAACUUUUUUUCCCAACAAGGAUCGGACCUGUGAGGUGUGCCUGCCACACAUCCCGUGAUGUACUACCUAUACCACUGCACCAACGCCCUUGGGCGCAACUGGGUACCAUGUUCGCCUUUCACUUUUUUUUGGUUGAGGGCUUGGUAUAAACUCCUGGGAAGUGGUGUAAUUUUAGAUUUUAUUUUCUUUUACUUGGUAUGUUUCUCAUCUUGGCAACAGGUUAAUAGUGGACGAGAAAGGGGCUCUGUAUCAACGUUUCUGAUUCUUGUGCAUGCAUGGUUGUGCGAAUUCUCACCAGUUAAUGGGGGACCUGUUCACCUUACAGAUCCUGUGUAUAACGCGAAUUGGACUAUCCUUAUUUCUGAUAUCGUACCAACUGUUAUUCCAAAAUA